AUGGCAGAAAAAGAAUCUGCUCCCAUUAUCCCAGAAGGAGCUGAGUGGGUGGAACGUGGCCGUCGUGCUUCUAAAUCCCCAGAAGUGACAAUCAUCCCACCUUUGCAAAAUGCACUGAAAGUAAGAGCUGGCAACCCCUCUCACAACGGCCGCGUCUGCAGCACCUGGGGGAACUUCCACUUCAAGACCUUUGAUGGGGACAUCUUCUACUUCCCUGGGCUCUGCAACUACAUCUUUGCAUCCAACUGCAAAGCUCCCUACGAAGACUUCAACAUCCAGAUCAGGAGGACGAGGGUGGAAAAUGCUACUGUGGUCACUCGUGUCAUCAUGAAGCUGGAGGGAACAGUGAUCGAGCUGACCCGGGGCUCUGUGCUGCUGGAUGGCAACCCGGUUCAGAUGCCCUACAGCCACAUGGGAGUCUUCAUACAGAGAAGUAACAACUACUUGAAAGUUUCUGCCAAAUUAGGAUUGACCUUCCUGUGGAAUGAAGAGGAUGCACUCUUGGUGGAGCUGGACAAGAAAUAUGCCAAUCAAACUUGUGGACUUUGUGGGGACUUCAAUGGAAUUCAAGUUAGCAAUGAAUUUAUUUCAGAGAAAAUAAAAUUGACUCCCAUAGAGUUUGGGAAUAGGCAGAAGAUGGAUGGACCCACAGAGCAGUGUGCUGAUCCUAUUCCUUCACCUGUUCUGGUGAACUGCUCAGCUGAAUUUGCUUCUAUCUGCCAGGCAGUGUUGACCAGCCCGGCAUUUACGGGCUGCAAUGCACUUGUUGGGGUGGAGGAUUACAUUGAAGCUUGUCUGCAAGACCUGUGCCACUGUGACAGCCCCAUGGCUGAUUUCUGCAUGUGCAACACCUUUGCUGAGUACUCCAGGCAGUGUGCCCAUGCAGGGGGACAGCCUCUCAACUGGAGAACCUCAGAACUCUGCCCCAAAUCAUGUCCUUUCAACAUGCAAUACCAGGAGUGUGGCUCCCCCUGCUCCGACACGUGCAGCAACUCGGAGAGAUCUGCUCUUUGUGAAGAUCAUUGCACAGAUGGAUGUGUCUGUCCUCCAGGAAUGGUGUUUGAUGACAUUAAUGGUGCUGGCUGCAUUCCCCGUGCAGAAUGCCACUGUACCUAUGAGGGUGAAACUUAUGCUCCUGGUGCCUCUUUCUCAUCUAAAUGCAGAUCAUGUACCUGUGCUGGAGGAGAAUGGUCUUGUGUCACCCAGUCCUGUCCUGGGACCUGCAGUAUUGAAGGAGGUUCCCACAUUUCAACUUUUGAUGAGAAACACUAUUCCUUCUUUGGAGACUGUAGCUAUGUCCUAACCAAGCUCUGUGCCAGCAAUGAGUUCACUGUUCUGGGAGAUAUCCACAAGUGUGGCCUCACUGACACCGAGACCUGCCUGAAGGGUGUAGCCAUCAGCCUGAACGGGGGACAGACUAACAUUAUCAUCCAGCCUUCUGGCAGUGUGUUUGUGAAUAUGAUCUACACACAGCUGCCAUUCUCUGCAGCAAACAUCACCAUCUUCAGGCCUUCAUCUUUCUUCAUCAUUCUGCAAACAACCUUUGGCCUUCAGCUACAGGUUCAGCUCGUGCCUCUCAUGCAGCUUUUUAUAGACUUAGACCCAUCCCACAAAGAACAGACCUGUGGUCUCUGUGGAAACUUCAAUGAUGUGCAGAUGGAUGAUUUCAAAACCACCAGUGGUGUAAUAGAGGGAACUUCAGCUGCCUUUGGCAAUACUUGGAAAAUUCGGGCUGAUUGUCCUGAUGUCAAAAAUACUUUUGAAAACCCCUGUACUGCCAGCAUACAGAAUGAUGAGUAUGCUCAGCACUGGUGUGGACUGCUCUCUGACACCACAGGACCUUUUGCUGAAUGUCACUCAACAGUGAAUCCAGAAGUUUACCAGAAGAACUGCAUCUUUGACACCUGCAACUGUGAGAAGAGUGAGGAGUGCAUGUGUGCUGCCCUUUCCAGCUAUGUCAGGGCCUGUGCCAUGAAAGGAAUUCUCCUGGCUGGGUGGAGAAGCAAAGCCUGCACCAAGUACACCACCUUGUGUCCCAAAUCCCUGGAGUACACUUACACCGUGGAUUCCUGCCAGCCCAGCUGCCGCUCCCUGAGCCAGCCCGAUGUCACCUGCAGCAUCAAGUUUGUCCCCGUGGAUGGCUGCACCUGCAUGAAUGGAACCUACAUGGAUGAAAGUGGCAAAUGUGUCCCUGCUUCCAGCUGUCCCUGUUACUACAAAGGAAUGCCUCUGUCUUCUGGAGAAGUUGCUCAUGAUAAUGGUGUUGUCUGCACUUGCACCAGCGGGAAACUGAGCUGCAUUGGAGAGAAACCUGAACCAGUCUGCAAAGCUCCCAUGGUCUACAUUGACUGCAGCAAUGUCACUGGAGAUGUGGUAGGAGCAGGAUGCCAGAAGAGCUGCCAGACUCUGGAUAUGGAAUGUUACAAAACCCACUGUGUCUCUGGCUGUGUUUGCCCUCACAACCAAGUGCUGGAUGGCAAAGGUGGCUGCAUAGCUCCAGAAGACUGUCCAUGUAUUCACAAUGGGAAUUUCUACAGUCCUGGAGAAUCAAUCAGAGUUGGCUGUAACAACUGCACGUGUACAAACAGAAAAUGGCAGUGCUCUGAGAACCCUUGCCUGGAAACCUGUUCUGUCUAUGGAGAUGGGCACUACACAACCUUUGAUGGCAAACGCUUUGACUUUGAAGGAGACUGUGAAUAUGUUCUGGUUCAGAACUACUGUGGUCAACAAGGUCUGAAUCAGGGAACCUUCAGAGUCAUUACUGAGAACAUUCCAUGUGGCACUACAGGAACCACCUGUUCUAAGUCUAUUAAAGUUUUCCUGGGGAACUAUGAGCUUGUACUCACUGAUGGACAUUCCGAUGUCAUCCAGAGGACACCUGGAGGACAAAUGCCAUUCCAAAUCCAUUCCAUGGGCAUCUACCUGGUGGUGGACACUACUGUUGGCCUUAUGCUUAUGUGGGACAGGAAAACCAGCAUAUUCAUCAAACUUAGUCCCAGCUUUCAGGGACAAAUCUGUGGACUUUGUGGAAACUAUGAUGGCAAUGGCAAUAAUGACUUCACCACUCGCAGUCAGUCUGUGGUAGGAAAUGUGAUGGAGUUCGCCAACAGCUGGAAAGUGUCUUCCAGUUGCCCAAAUGCCAACCAAACCAAGGAUCCCUGCACUGCAAAUCCAUACAGGAAAGCCUGGGCACAGAAGCAGUGCAGCAUCAUUACCAGUGAAGUCUUUGCCAAGUGUCACUCCCAGGUUGAACCAAAUGAGUAUUAUCAAGCAUGUGUGGAUGAUGCCUGUGCCUGUGACACGGGGGGAGACUGUGAAUGUUUCUGUACAGCAGUAGCUGCCUAUGCUCAAGCAUGCAAUGAGCUGGACAUCUGCAUUUCAUGGAGAACCCCAUCCAUUUGUCCUCUGUUCUGUGAUUACUACAAUCCAAAAGGGGAAUGUGAAUGGCACUACAAACCCUGUGGAGCCCCUUGUAUGAAGACCUGCAAUAAUCCAAGUGGGAGCUGUCUUCAUGAGCUGAGAGGUUUGGAAGGCUGCUAUCCACACUGUCCAAAGAACAAGCCCUAUUUUGAUGAAGAAACCAUGACUUGUGUUUCUAAUUGUGGUUGCUAUGAGAAUGGAAAAAAUUACAAACCUGGAAUGCAGAUGCCUUCAGAUCAGGCCUGUCAGUCAUGUAAAUGCACAAAACAUGGCAAAAUCUGCAACUACGAUGAAUCGGAAUGCAUCUGCUUUUAUGAGGGACAGAAAUACAACUAUCAAGAGGUGGUCUACAACACAACAGAUGGCACGGGAGGGUGCAUUGUUGCAACCUGUGGUCUCAAUGGAACACUUCACAGGGAUGUCUAUGAGUGCUCCAUCGCAACAACACCCACACCAGCAACAACAUUCCACUUCAGCACUACACCACCUGCCCCUUCUUCCACAGUGACACCAACUACAUCAGUGUGUGUUCGUCAGGUCUGUGAGUGGUCACAGUGGUACGAUGGGAGUCUGCCAACCCCUGGCUAUGAUGGUGGAGAUUUUGAAACCUUUGAAGAUUUGAGAGCUAAAGGUUAUGAAGUCUGUAAAGCUCCCCGGGAUGUUCAAAGUGCCAUGCCAGGAACCUACGGUAUCAACUACAACUACACAAGUACCAAAAAUAACCACGAUAUUUUCUACAACUUUAGGUGGGACAAGGUUGUGCAGUGUGAUGUCCACUUUGGACUGGUGUGCAAGAACGAGGACCAGAAGGGUAAAUUUAGGAUGUGCCUCAACUACAGGAUCCGUGUUCUCUGCUGCAGCCCCAAUUCCAACUGCACAAUCAGCACACCCACACCCACCACAACACCCACCUGGACCUCCACCACAACCCGUGGAACUCCAACCUCGACUACAGUAGUCACCACCUCCACCUCCACAGCCUACUUCCCAACCACCACGCUGCCAACUUCCUCAGAAACCACACUGCAAACUUCCACCACCACAACCUCUCAAACACCCACCACGCCUGUAACUACCCAGAGAUCCACCACCACUUCCUACACCUCCCCUUGUCAACCUGAGGUCUGCUCCUGGAGUGACUGGUUUGACGUUGACUUCCCGUCUGCUGGGCCCAACCAGGGAGACUUUGAAACCUACCAGCAUAUCCAGGCUGCUGGGCAGGAAGUCUGUCAGCAUCCAAAGCAAAUCCAGUGUCAGGCGGAACAAUACCCUGAUGUUCCCAUCACACAGGUGGGACAGGUUGUGCAGUGUGACGUCCACUUUGGACUGGUUUGCAAGAAUGAAGACCAGAAGGGCAAAUUUAGGAUGUGCCUCAACUACAGGAUCCGUGUUCUCUGCUGCAGCCCCAAUUCCAACUGCCCAAUCAGCACACCCACACCCACCACAACACCCACCUGGACUGCCACCACAACCCGUGGAAUUCCAACAUCCACCGUCGUCACCACCUCCACCUCUACACCCUACCCAACUACCACACUGCCAACCUCCUCAGAAACCACACUGCAAACAGCCAUCAGAACCUCCAGUCCCACACCAACACCCGCCACACAAGUCCCUCUCAGAAAAACUACAACCUCCUACACCUCCCCUUGUCAACCCGAGGUCUGCACCUGGAGUCAGUGGUUUGACGUUGACUUCCCGUCUGCUGGGCCCAACCAGGGAGACUUUGAAACCUACCAGCACAUCCAGGCUGCUGGGCAGGAAGUCUGUCAGCAUCCAAAGCAAAUCCAGUGUCAGGCGGAACAAUACCCGGAUGUUCCCAUCACACAGGUGGGACAGGUUGUGCAGUGUGAUGUCCACUUUGGACUGGUGUGCAAGAACGAGGACCAGAAGGGUAAAUUUAGGAUGUGCCUCAACUACAGGAUCCGUGUUCUCUGCUGCAGCCCCAAUUCCAACUGCACAAUCAGCACACCCACACCCACCACAACACCCACCUGGACCUCCACCACAACCCGUGGAAUUCCAACCUCGACUACAGUAGUAACCACCUCCACCUCCACAGCCUACUUCCCAACCACCACGCUGCCAACCUCCUCAGAAACCACACUGCAAACUUCCACCACCACAACCUCUCAAACACCCACCACGCCUGUAACUACCCAGAGAUCCACCACCACUUCCUACACCUCCCCUUGUCAACCUGAGGUCUGCUCCUGGAGUGACUGGUUUGACGUUGACUUCCCGUCUGCUGGGCCCAACCAGGGAGACUUUGAAACCUACCAGCAUAUCCAGGCUGCUGGGCAGGAAGUCUGUCAGCAUCCAAAGCAAAUCCAGUGUCAGGCGGAACAAUACCCUGAUGUUCCCAUCACACAGGUGGGACAGGUUGUGCAGUGUGACGUCCACUUUGGACUGGUUUGCAAGAAUGAAGACCAGAAGGGCAAAUUUAGGAUGUGCCUCAACUACAGGAUCCGUGUUCUCUGCUGCAGCCCCAAUUCCAACUGCCCAAUCAGCACACCCACACCCACCACAACACCCACCUGGACUGCCACCACAACCCGUGGAAUUCCAACAUCCACCGUCGUCACCACCUCCACCUCUACACCCUACCCACUACCACACUGCCAACCUCCUCAGAAACCACACUGCAAACAGCCAUCAGAACCUCCAGUCCCACACCAACACCCGCCACACAAGUCCCUCUCAGAAAAACUACAACCUCCUACACCUCCCCUUGUCAACCCGAGGUCUGCACCUGGAGGAGACUUUGAAACCUACCAGCACAUCCAGGCUGCUGGGCAGGAAGUCUGUCAGCAUCCAAAGCAAAUCCAGUGUCAGGCGGAACAAUACCCGGAUGUUCCCAUCACACAGGUGGGACAGGUUGUGCAGUGUGAUGUCCACUUUGGACUGGUGUGCAAGAACGAGGACCAGAAGGGUAAAUUUAGGAUGUGCCUCAACUACAGGAUCCGUGUUCUCUGCUGCAGCCCCAAUUCCAACUGCCCAAUCAGCACACCCACACCCACCACAACACCCACCUGGACCUCCACCACAACCCGUGGAAUUCCAACCUCGACUACAGUAGUAACCACCUCCACCUCCACAGCCUACUUCCCAACCACCACGCUGCCAACCUCCUCAGAAACCACACUGCAAACUUCCACCACCACAACCUCUCAAACACCCACCACGCCUGUAACUACCCAGAGAUCCACCACCACUUCCUACACCUCCCCUUGUCAACCUGAGGUCUGCUCCUGGAGUGACUGGUUUGACGUUGACUUCCCGUCUGCUGGGCCCAACCAGGGAGACUUUGAAACCUACCAGCAUAUCCAGGCUGCUGGGCAGGAAGUCUGUCAGCAUCCAAAGCAAAUCCAGUGUCAGGCGGAACAAUACCCGGAUGUUCCCAUCACACAGGUGGGACAGGUUGUGCAGUGUGACGUCCACUUUGGACUGGUGUGCAAGAACGAGGACCAGAAGGGCAAAUUUAGGAUGUGCCUCAACUACAGGAUCCGUGUUCUCUGCUGCAGCCCCAAUUCCAACUGCACAAUCAGCACACCCACACCCACCAAAACACCCACCUUGACCUCCACCACAACCCGUGGAAUUCCAACCUCCACCGUCGUCACCACCUCCACUUCUACACCCUACCCAACUACCACACUGCCAACCUCCUCAGAAACCACACUGCAAACAGCCAUCAGAACCUCCACUCCAACACCAACACCUGCCACACAAGUCCCUCUCAAAAGAACUACAACCUCCUACACCUCCCCUUGUCAACCCGAGGUGUGCUCCUGGAGUGACUGGUUUGACGUUGACUUCCCCUCUGCAGGGCCCAACCAGGGAGACUUUGAAACCUACCAGCACAUCCAGGCUGCUGGGCAGGAAGUCUGUCAGCAUCCAAAGCAAAUCCAGUGUCAGGCGGAACAAUACCCGGAUAUUCCCAUCACACAGGUGGGACAGGUUGUGCAGUGUGAUGUCCACUUUGGACUGGUGUGCAAGAACGAGGACCAGAAGGGUAAAUUUAGGAUGUGCCUCAACUACAGGAUCCGUGUUCUCUGCUGCCGCCCCAAUUCCAACUGCACAAUCAGCACACCCACACCCACCACAACACCCACCUGGACCUCCACCACAACCCGUGGAAUUCCAACCUCGACUACAGUAGUAACCACCUCCACCUCCACAGCCUACUUCCCAACCACCACGCUGCCAACCUCCUCAGAAACCACACUGCAAACUUCCACCACCACAACCUCUCAAACACCCACCACGCCUGUAACUACCCAGAGAUCCACCACCACUUCCUACACCUCCCCUUGUCAACCCGAGGUCUGCACCUGGAGUCAGUGGUUUGACGUUGACUUCCCGUCUGCUGGGCCCAACCAGGGAGACUUUGAAACCUACCAGCACAUCCAGGCUGCUGGGCAGGAAGUCUGUCAGCAUCCAAAGCAAAUCCAGUGUCAGGCGGAACAAUACCCGGAUGUUCCCAUCACACAGCCCCCAAUUCCAACUGCCCAAUCAGCACACCCCACACCCACCACAACACCCACCUGGACCACCACCACCACAAGCCUUGGAACCUCAACCUCCACCGUCGUCACCACCUCCACCUCUACACCCUACCCAACUACUACACUUCCAACCUCCUCAGAAACCACACUACAAACUUCCACCACCACAACCUCUCAAACACCCACCACGCCUGUAACUACCCAGAGAUCCACCACCACUUCCUACACCUCCCCUUGUCAACCUGAGGUCUGCUCCUGGAGUGACUGGUUUGACGUUGACUUCCCGUCUGCUGGGCCCAACCAGGGAGACUUUGAAACCUACCAGCACAUCCAGGCUGCUGGGCAGGAAGUCUGUCAGCAUCCAAAGCAAAUCCAGUGUCAGGCGGAACAAUACCCGGAUGUUCCCAUCACACAGGUGGGACAGGUUGUGCAGUGUGAUGUCCACUUUGGACUGGUGUGCAAGAACGAGGACCAGAAGGGCAAAUUUAGGAUGUGCCUCAACUACAGGAUCCGUGUUCUCUGCUGCAGCCCCAAUUCCAACUGCACAAUCAGCACACCCACACCCACCACAACACCCACCUGGACCUCCACCACAACCCGUGGAAUUCCAACCUCGACUACGGUAGUCACCACCUCCACCUCUACACAAUACUUCCCAACUACUACACUUCCAACCUCCUCAGAAACCACACUACAAACUUCCACCAGUACCACCACUCCAACACCAACACCAGCCACACAAGUCCCUCUCAGAAGAACUACAACCUCCUACACCUCCCCUUGUCAACCCGAGGUCUGCACCUGGAGUCAGUGGUUUGACGUUGACUUCCCGUCUGCUGGGCCCAACCAGGGAGACUUUGAAACCUACCAGCACAUCCAGGCUGCUGGGCAGGAAGUCUGUCAGCAUCCAAAGCAAAUCCAGUGUCAGGCGGAACAAUACCCGGAUGUUCCCAUCACACAGGUGGGACAGGUUGUGCAGUGUGAUGUCCACUUUGGACUGGUGUGCAAGAACGAGGACCAGAAGGGCAAAUUUAGGAUGUGCCUCAACUACAGGAUCCGUGUUCUCUGCUGCAGCCCCAAUUCCAACUGCCCAAUCAGCACACCCACACCCACCACCACAGCCCUUGGAACUCCAACCUCCACCACCGUCACACCUGGACAAACACACAAGUUAUCCAACUGUACAGAACUCCUCUGUAAGGGAGACAACAAGGUAGAAGUAAUUCCAACACACUGCCCACCUGUAAAGGAAAUUACCUGUGCAAACAGAUACCCAGCAAUCCUGGUGCCCGAUGAAAACGGCUGCUGCUACCACUAUGAGUGUCAAUGUGUGUGCAGUGGAUGGGGUGAUCCUCAUUACAUUACCUUUGAUGGAACCUACUACACUUUCCUUGAGAACUGCACCUAUGUCCUGGUGAAACAGAUUGUUCCUAAAUACGACAACUUCCGUGUUUACAUUGACAAUUACUACUGUGAUGCAAAAGAUGGACUUUCCUGCCCUAAAUCCAUUAUUAUUUUCUACAAAUCUGCAGAAGUGGUGCUGACCCGUAAACUCAUGGAUGGUGUGAUGACCAAUGUGAUGUACUUCAACCAAAAGAUUGUCAAACCUGGCUUCAAGAAAGAUGGCAUUUCUUUCUCCCAACUUGGCAUCAACAUGAUUGUUGAAAUCCCAGAGAUUGGGGCAACCAUCACCUUCAGUGGGCUGAUUUUCUCUGUGAAGCUCCCACACAGCAAAUUUGGCAACAACACUGAAGGACAGUGUGGAACCUGUACAAAUGAUAAAUCAGACGAGUGCCGAUUACCAAGUGGUAAAAUCAUCUCUUCCUGUCCCCAAAUGGCUCAUCACUGGAUCGUUGACAACAACAAGUCCUGCCAUGGAAUACCAAUACCCCCAGUUGUAACCACCCCUCCACCAAAGCCUCACUGUGGAACACCUCCUCUCUGCAAGCUCAUCUGGAGCGAGAUUUUUGCAGACUGCCACUCAGUGAUACCACCAGAACCAUUUUUCAAGGGCUGUGUUUUUGAUGGCUGUCGCAUAUCUGAUGAAUCCAUGCAAUGUUCCAGCUUGGAGAUUUAUGCCACAGAGUGUGCCAGUCGAGGUGUCUGCAUUGACUGGAGAGGAAGGACCAACAACACGUGCCCAUACACCUGCCCAGCAAGCAUGGUAUACAAGCCAUGUGGACCCAUUAAUCCUGCUACCUGUGAGCCAAGUUACUCGAAAAUGAAGGGACAGAUGGAUAACAAAUUUAUCAACAUUUACAAUGUUGAUAAUCUGCAUUCUUAG